AUGGGUUCAUCUAGAUUUUCAUAUGAUUUAUCUUCUGGAAAUAUUGCUCGCUAUACUGGGGAUCCAGUGAUUUGGAAUAAUGUGUAUGCUAUCAUAGAGCUAGAUGAACUUGGAUUGUCGCGAAAGCGGGAUAAUUAUUCUAUGUUUUUCAUGUUGACAGAUGAUAAAACUUACAAUGUGACUCGAAAUCUUACGGAUAAUAUUUUCCAUCACCUAACUGCUGCGAGUGAAACUAACCAAAAAGUCGAUAUAAAAAGACCAUUAAACAAAUUACGAAAGUUACCACUACCUCCAAUAUCAUCAAUGCAAACUCUUCUUCAAAACUCACCUCGUCCCCUUCCUCAUGUGGUGUUAAGUGAUUAUGAUCGUCCACCUUUUCUUAAUAAACAUUUUGAGAGUUUUCUUGAUACUAGAUGGCCUCCAUUGGAUAAUCCUACUGCAGAUACAACCCUUCUCGAUUUUGCCAACACUCUAGCAGAUGCUUUGCAUAGAAUAGUUUCUGCAAAUCAUGAACCUAUUUCAUCCAGCAUUGCUUAUCCAAAACCUAGUGACAUUAUGGAAUGUUUCUCAACUAAUCUGGGAUGUGACCUUUUCAAAAUGUAUCUCAGUCCUGUGGACUAUAAGUAUGUACAAAUGUUAAAAACACCUGUACCUGCACAAACCUACCUGCCAUUGGGCCUACAUGAGAUAAAAAUAUCACAUCUAGUCAGUAUUCUGUUAAUAGGACUAACUGGGGAACGGACUUCAACACCAGCAUGUCCACCUUUUGAUAAACGGGGUCCUUACACAUAUUGGAUGGGAUAUUUCAACGGCUCUGAACAAUGUUACUUCACACGCAUGGACAUAACCUCACAAUUUUUGAUGAUGGAAAACGAAAAACUCAAAGCCCCGGCCUGGAUGCGUAGUCGCGAACAUUCUGAAAGGUUCUUGCGCUGGUAUCGCGGUGCAUCCCCAACGGUUGAUGGAUUCAGUGUUGCGCUAGGGAUUUUCCUCAUGACCCUCACACUUCUCAUAGCUCUGUACAUCAAGGAGGUCAUUAAUAAGAAAAUAAUACAAAUACCUGCACAAAUGGAAAUUUUAUAUACAUCUGACAACGAAAAUCGUUUCGCACCUACAUAA